AUGGCGCUGCUGCCCGAGGGCCUGGACGAGCUGCCCGCCGCCUGCCUGUCGCCGUGCGGGCCGCCCAACCCGGCCGAGCUGUACAGCGAGGCGCGGCGCCUGGCGCUCGAGGAGCUGGUGGCCGGCGGCCCCGACGCCUUCGCGGCCUUCCUGCGGCGCGAGCGCCUGGGCCGCUUCCUGAACCCCCGCGAGGUGCGCGCCAUCCUGCGGGCGGCCGAGCGGCCGGGCGACGAGGGCGCGGCCGCGGGGCCCGAGGACUCGUUCGGCUCCGCGCACGACUGCUCGUCCGGCACCUACUUCCCGGAGCAGUCGGACCUGGAGCCCCCGCUGCUGGAGCUCGGCUGGCCCGCCUUCUACCAGGGCGCCUACCGCGGCGCCACGCGCGUCGAGGCGCACUUCCAGCCCCGCGGCGCGGGCGCCGGCGGCCCCUACGGCUGCAAGGACGCGCUGCGCCAGCAGCUCCGCUCGGCGCGAGAGGUGAUCGCCGUGGUGAUGGAUAUUUUCACAGACAUCGACAUCUUCCGAGACCUGCAGGAAAUAUGUCGGAAACAGGGAGUUGCUGUAUACAUCCUUCUGGACCAGGCCCUGCUCUCUCAGUUUUUGGAUAUGUGCAUGGAUCUGAAAGUGAAUCCUGAACAGGAAAAGCUGAUGACAGUUCGAACUAUUACAGGAAAUAUUUACUACGCAAGGUCAGGAACUAAAAUUGUUGGGAAAGUUCAUGAAAAGUUCACCCUGAUUGAUGGCAUUCGGGUCGCUACAGGCUCCUACAGCUUCACAUGGACGGAUGGCAAACUGAAUAGCAGUAACUUGGUCAUUCUGUCUGGCCAAGUGGUUGAACAUUUUGACCUGGAGUUCCGCAUCCUAUAUGCACAGUCAAAGCCCAUUAGCUCCAAACUCCUUUCCAACUUCAGGAUCAGCGGCAAGUUUGAUCAUCUAGUUGACUGGAAACCACUGUCCAAGGAGCUCACAUUGGGCAACCUGCUGCGGCUGCGGCUGGCCAGGCUCUCCAGCACUCCCAAGAAGGCGGAACUGGAGUGCCAGGCGCGUGCUGAGGGCAGGGCAGAUGCCCGGCGCCACGACUCCGAGUCUUCCACCAUUAGUGAGGAAGACUAUAUCAGCAGCCACAAGGAAGAACCAGCGAGCGGAAAGGUGACCGAUGCUGCCACCCAAACAGACAUUGGAGAGGAAACGCCAGUGGUGAGCCUGAGUGACACAGGGACACAAACCAGCACCACCACUGCCUGUGCUGGGACCCAAACCAUAGUCACCACCAGGGAGGCGAGCUCCCAGACUGUGGUUCAGUCCAUGUCGGCCACCACCCAGACCAAUGUGGACGAGAAUGUUCUCUCUUCUCAGGAAACCCAAUCUAAAGAAGGGUCCCCAGUAUCAAGGAUGUCUGUGUCGAGAUCUUCCAGCUUGAAAUCUUCCUCUUCUCUGUCUUCCCAAGGUUCUGUAGCAAGCUCCAUCAGCUCCCAGACCUCCCUCAGAACCACUGAUUUCAUCACUCCUGGGCACCCCAAGUACUGGAGCACCCCCCACCUGGAUCUGUGCUUGAGAGACUCAUUCAGAAACCUGAAUAAAGAACGGCAGUUUCACCUUGCUGGCAUCAGAUCCCGGCUCAACCACAUGCUGUCCAUGCUGUCCAGGAGAACAUUCUUUACUGAAAACUACCUCAGUUUUAAUUCUGGAAAUGUUACCAGAGGGUCAGUUAAUCUGCUGACUAUUAGAGAUAUCCCGCUGUAUCCCUCCUACCAGUGACUGCUCCACCUCCAGCCUCCUGUUUCCAUCUGGGCUGCUGCAGGUAUCGCCAGAACGUCUGCUUUACACACUGUCUCUCAUCCCCAGGGACCUUUGUUUCACCUGACAUGUAAUCAUCUUGAUUCUCUUUGAACUCUGUAACUUGCACAUUAUUUUGUAUGUUUUAAUUUUAUUUUUGUCUUGUAUAAACCAGGUAUUGGUUUCAUGUUUUAAACACUACGGAUAGUUUCUUAGCAUGGUUGUAAUAGUCGUAUCACUUAAAGAGAAUGCUUAGGUGUUCUCAGAGUAAUUCAGGUGAGAGAUAAAAUAUGUUUUGCAUUUUUUUUGAUUUGUGUACUCUUCUGUUUUAGCAGUUUGAAUCACUAGUAUUUUUGUGAUCAAAAUCCUGUUUAGAGGGGCCUCCCUGGUGGCACAAGGGGUUAAGACACAACACUAUGAAGCUGUCCGCAGCCACUACAGCACAAGUUUGAUCCCUGGCCAGGGAGGUGACCCACAGGGCGCAGCAGAGCUCUCCUGACUCACCUGCUGCUCCCCUCAGCGGUGUAUUUCAGUAGAUCCACUUGUUCUGCUCUUCACUCUCUCUUGUGAAUCCUCUCACCCCCUGCAUCUCUGGCCUGCACCCCAUUUCUUGUAUGCAUAAAUAAAUAAAUCUUUAAAAAAAAAUCCUGUUUAGAGAUAAAGAAAGGGAGCAAAUGAACAAACAAACUCUUAGAUUCUGACCACUGGAGUCUUGGUUUCCAGAAGGGAAGCCAUUGAGUAAAAUGGGUGAAAGGUGUCAACUGUAUGGUGGUGGAUGGAAACUAGACUUUUUGUGGGGUCGUGAUGCCAUUUAUACAGAUGUCAAAGAAGAAAGCUGUACAUGUGAGACCUGUGUGGUGUUGUAAACCAGUGUUACCCUCCUGAAAGGUCGUGUUUAGAAAAAACUUUUGCCAGCCUCUUCUUUAGGAUAUCUACAUUUGUAGCAUUGAAUAAAUAUAAAUGACUAUUGUUUGGUGCUUCAUUUUCCGUUGGUAGCGCUUUUUAUCUUUAAUUUUAGGAUUUUCACAGAGUAAAUGCACCUAAUAGAUGUUUAUGCAUUUGUUUUUUUAAAUGAUGUUGGGGUGGAGAAGAAGCGGAUAAUCAAACUUGUAAAAGAGAAAAUAUCCACAUAAAAUUUAGAAAACAUAAAGCAAGUGU